GCGGCAGCGCCCCGGCCCGUCCCUGUCUCCGCCUCCGGCGCGCGUGUCCGGCCCCGGAUUUGGGCCUGCAGCGCCGCGCUCGUCCUGCCGGAUUUGGGCCCGCAGCUCCGGCAUGGUGGCGCUUCUGCACGCGGGCGGCGGCCAUGGCGCGUUGAACUCAUUUCGAUCUUGAGGUGUGUACUCAGAUUUGCUUUGAUUUUGUGCAUUUGAUUCAAUUUGCCAGGACCUAUGAAUCCGACCGCUGUGCUCAUCAACCCUAGAGUUUGGAGGCCCAUGGAAUUCAACUGGCUUGAACUACUUUCUUCAGAGAUAUCUGAUCCAGAAAACAUCUCUGUGUCUGCAAGGCUCGAUGGGGAGCCUGAGCCUAGUUUAGCUGUCGUGAGUCCUCUUGCUGAUGGUGGUGGUGGUAGUGGUGGUGAUAAUACUUUCCAAAAUGCGGAACACCCACACCAAGGACAGCUUGUUGAUUGGGAUACACUGCAGAUUGUUGAGAGGCAAGAUGAAGAAGAGGGAAGGAUGGAACUCAUUGAUGAAGACCAGAUGUAUGUGCUUUUGGGUUUAAGGGAUGAGGAUGAUAAGGCCGAGCAGGCUGCUAAGGAGGCUGUCGCAGCAGCUAGUGCUGAUGGUGAUAAAAGAAAAGCUCCUGCUAUGGAAGAUACACAUGGUGCCGCCAUUCCUGUUGAUGAUGACAUGCCAGGGGAGAGGAUGAUCUUAUAUGACCCAAACAAGCCUAGCAUGGAUCUGGGUGACAACUUUGAUUGCUGGACACAAUUGUACAUCCAGUGCAAGGAGGCGGACUACUACACCUACAAGUGCUUGGUUUGCAAGGGAAGACAAAUAGCUCUGAAAAAGUUAUAUGGCAGCUGGGAGGACAGCUUUCAGAUGUUGUUUAAUUGGAAGGCUGAGGUCAUGAAGAGGUCACCUGGUAGUGUCAUCGAGAUUGGCAUUCAACAGUUACAUAAUGCUUUAGGUGAUAUUCCUGUACUUGCUAUUUGCACAGAUGCAUGCAAAGGCCUUGAAAAGGCAGUUAAGGAUGUGUUUCCUAAUGCUGAACAAAGAGAAUGCUUUAGACAUCUAAUGCAGAAUUUUAUAAAGAGGUGGGGUGGGGAUGCUUACUCAAAAAUGUAUCCUGCAGCAAGAGCGUACAGAGUUCAAGUGUUUCAGUAUUUCUUCAAUUCUGUUGUAGAGUCUUCCACUGAAAUAUUGCAUUGGCUGUACGAUCAUCAUAAGUUAAAGUGGAUGAGGAGUGCCUUUGACCCUGCUAUCAAAUGUGAUUAUGUUACCAACAAUCUUGCCGAAUGUUUUAAUAAUUGGAUUAAAGAUUGGAAGGACCUUCCUGUUGUUGAGUUUGCAGACAAGAUUAGAGAGAUGAUAAUGAUUUUGUGGAACAAGAGGAGAAGGAUUGCAGAAAAGCUUCAUGGGAAAAUACUACCCGCUGUCCUGCAUCAACUAAAAAUGAAGACAAGAGGAUUAGGACACUUGUAUGUUGUGAAGGCUGAUAGUUUGGUUGCUGAGGUAUGGGACAGCACCACAACUCAUAAUAGGCAUGUUGUGAAGCCAUAUUUGAAUGAGUGCACAUGUCUCGAGUGGCAACACACUGGUAAGCCUUGUCAGCAUGCUUUAGCUUUGAUUACGGCACAACAAGCUUUGGAUGUGAAAUUGGAGGAUUUUGUGAAUGAGUACUACUCAGUUCAGAGAUUCAAAAAUGCAUACUAUACAAUAAUUGAGCCAUUGCCUGACCGGACGCAUUGGCCAAAUGUGGAUUUGCCUUUUGUGGUUGGAGCACCACUAGAUAAAAAGACUGCAGGAAGGUACAGAAAACUGAGGAUCAAAGGCUUCCUAGAGGGUGGAGGCAGCAAAGGAAAAAGGGAUGCCAAGGAGGCUGCCAAGGAGGUUGACAAGGAGGCUGCUAAUGAGGCUGACAAGGAGGAUGCCAAGGAGGCUGACAAAUUUAAAAAGAAGAUGAUUAGAGGCAAAAGAAGGUGCAACGGAUGUGGAGAGUUGGGUCACGGUGAAACUAGCUACAAGUGCCGACUUAAUGGCACAAAGAAAAGGAAGAGAAAGCCAAGAAAGAACACCACCAAGUAUGGUGACAAAGCUAAAGUACCAAGCCAGAAAAAGCAAAAGACCAAGACAAAUAUAGAUGACAAUGGUGCAGCCCCAAAUGUACAUGAAAAUGAAGCAAAUAUAGAUGACAAUGGUGCAGCCCCAAAUGCCCAGGAAAACAUUGUUGCUGUCCGAAGUCCAUCAAAGCCAACUAAAGAGUCAAUAAUGCAAGCCAGCCCCCACAGGCUGACUAGAAGUCGACUUGCUAUGCUAAUGGGAGAAGGUGGAGGUGAGCAGGCAACCAUGCAAAAUUCACCCCCCAAGAGAUCACCAGCAAAAAAGCUGAUUCCAAGGAAGUUGAAGACCAAGUGAAAUGAGAACUAAAAAUAUUUG